CCUCAGCCAAAGCCACACCGAAAGCCGAGCGACACUGAAAGCUGAUAUCUGUAAACAGGCCUGGUCGAGUGUUUUGAAAGGCUAAUGUAACGCCACGAGGGUUCUCCGAGUACUAAUCGGCGUAUCGCAAUACAUCCGAUGAUUUAUCGAAUGGUAGAGAAAAAGGCGCGAAAAAGGAGAACUAUAGAAAUAGAAGCAAGAUGGCUUCCAAUACAGAAAGUUUAGAACCAACAUCAAUAACAGCAACAGACACAACGAUGGAAUCCACACAGGGAACUACGAGAAACGAGUCCCUUCUCGAGGAUUUUAAUCUAGAAAGUCUUGAAGGAAAAAGAAUUACGGCGUUUUGCCAAGCGUUCAAGAAAACUCUCGACAGAGUUCUAGCCCCUGGAAAACCAGAGAAAUUUAAUAAUGUGUACAGAGCUGUGAGGGCACAGAAUCCUGAAGCAUUUAGUAGCAUAACGGAACAGAUGAUGCAGAAUGCUAGAGAAAAUAUAGAGACAGAAUUCAAGUUGAUGAUUAAGCAAGAGGAUCUUGUAGAUCUUUUUGGUGAACUAGAUAAGAUCCGGGAGAGCCAGAUGACAGACACAGAUCAGGACCAAAAGGAAGCCUGGAGGCCAAGCGGGAUUCCAUCAGUGGACUGCCAAGACCACAUCAUGCACAUCAAGCUUGCUUAUAAAGACCAACUCCAGAAAAUGUUGCAACAGAUUGAACAAGAAAAUGAACAACUUAAGGAGACUGUACUUCCUAAACGAGAAAAAAUAAUCAGCAAGGAGCAGGAAUUGAUUAAAAACAAAAAGUUGGAAAUGGUUGUUCAAACUUGCCAGAAUGUUGACGUGAAAAAGCUUCAGCAACAAGGUGUUUUACUGAAGACAAUGUGACUUAAUGCAAACAGAAAAAGGCGUCAGAACAUAACAAAAAAGAAAUAUAUUCUAAAAUAUGGUUUCUACAGAUCCACUACCAGGGUCACGUUCCUAGAAAGCAGGUUAACACUAACUCAGAGUUAAAUAAGGUUGUUAUCGAAUCAAAUUUCUCGAUAAACAUAUUUAUCUGUGGAUAAGCGCUAACCUGCUUUCUAGGAACCGGCCCCAGAACUCUUACAUGGAUCCAGUCUACACUACCUAUGGUGCUGAGUUCAAAUAGUGGAUAAGUUAUUUGCCAGAAACUGCAGAAAUUAUCAAGAAACUUAUCACUUCUUCCAAUAGGUCCCCAAAAUAUCCUGUCGUGUUUCUGCAAUUUUAUUCCUGGGAUGAUUGCAAAACAAGAACACUGAAUCAGUGGAAGACUGUUGGAAUUAGCCUCAGAAACCCUCAGUACCAAAGCUGGGUCUCAGAGAAUGAUAUUUUUGCAUAAGUUUUAAUAUGUUCCUGAUAGUGUUGAACCCUUGUAGACAAACAGAACACUCACUUGUACAAAAUAAAAUCCUUUAUUUUCAUAAAUGUAUAUAAUAUUUUAAAAUAUAGUUUGAAACCCCAUU